AAGGCCAGCAUAAACUACGUAGUGAAACCCUAUCUCAAACAAAAGAAUGUGUUUUUAAAACAUUCAACUUACAUUCCAUGUCUGCAUAUUUUCUCUACAUACAGCCUUAGUUUACAAUGCUACUUUAUAUUUUCUACUUUGAAAUAUAGAUUAAACUUUGAUAGUAUUGGUUUUUAAUAGCUGUCUAGUAUUCUUAUGUUAAUGUACUAUAGUUUAUUGACUCAUUUUUUUGGUUUGUUUUUGGUAUCGAGGAUCUAACACAGGUGGUGGAACCACUGAGCUAAAUCCCUGGUGCAUCUUAGUUUUUUUGCAUAAUUUAUGAAUGACGUAUUUUAAAGUAAAACUCUUAGGCCACAGGUUAGUAUUUUUCUCACUGGUUCGUAGCCAUGUUUUCUCCAGCCACUUACCUCUCUGAUUCUCUGUCCCCUAGGCCUCUCUAGCAUCCAGCAUCCUCCCUGGCACCCACAGGUCUCUCCACAGUCACUUCCGAGCUUACCAAGAGAAGGCUUCAGCUUGCUUCCCCACCCUUGCACCAUUUACUGGGAGGUGACUUUCCCAGUAGAGCUGGCCCAUGUCAUCCCUGCCCGCUGAGCUUGCUGACCUUCCUCCACAGGAUGCAGAGAUAGAGCUGCUGAGUAUCUCGCCACAGCAAGCAUGGCUUCCCUCCAAAUAGGACACGAUACUCUCCCGUCUUCCCUCCCGAUUGAUGUUUCUUCCUGCACACUGAGUGGCACUGUCUGGCAUUAGCUUUAUCUUCAGUUUCAUCGCAUCUCUGUUUACUUCCCUAGCUUUGGGCUGACCGCAGCAGCUUGAGGUGGAGCUUUCCGGUCACUGUAAAGUGUUUCCAGGUUUCCUCGGAGGCCUACCAUCCUUACUUUGCGCAAAGUUUACGUCGUGUUCAGAAGAUCUUAGGGGUUUUUUUUCUUUUAAAUUGAAUAAAUGUUUACAAAAUAAUUAUUCCUAGUUCCUAUUCAGUGGCAAACUAUAACAGAACAACAAAAGGCCAACAAUAACAAAAGCCAGAUCUAAUGAAUAAAUAAGAAAACAGGCAAAUAAAUUUUUUAAAAAUUACAACCUAGAUUCGCCAGUUCUUUGUGCCACUGAGUAAAUACUGAAGAAUAGAGACACAAACUGAGGACAGAUAAGAGUAACCCAUGUGGGUUGAUGGGCCUUUCGGGUCUGGCUAUAUAUAGAAAAUUUCCGUGACCUCAUUUCAGAGGAAGAGUGGCCAACUUGACACGACCGGCAGGUUUUGUUGUGACACUUGGUGUUGGUGUCAUCAGACAGAGAAGUUUUGUGUAAGCGUUUGGUACAGGGAGUACGUGCAUUAAGAGAACAGAGCUUCCUCUUCCUCUCUUCCCAUUACCUCUAAGUAAAUACUACAAUCUGCUGACAGAAUAUUUAGAUCCUGAAAUUUCUUUUCAGCUGCUCAUUUAAAAUUUGGGAGAAAACAACAUAUUUGGGCUGUCCCAGUCACACACAGUUAUAAUCCCAGCAUCGGGGGCUGAGGCAGGAGAAGCACAAAUUUGAGGCCAGCCUGGGAUAUGUAGUGAGACCUUUCUCAGAAGAAAAGAAAAGGAACUUUAAAAGGGCUGGGGAUGUAGCUCAGUGGCAAAGAGCUUGGUGGGUGUGAUCACUAAUCCUGCAAAAAAUAAGCUAACAGAUGAAACCUAACACGUGACUAAUUGGAUCAUCUCUGUGAACUGCUUGUCCUUCCAGCUGUUCCCUUCAGCAGGUGCAAGCGCUUUACUCGUUUCCAUAUCAGCCGAUGAUGGCUGAAGCUCCUCACCUGGCAGUCCCGGAGAUGGAACAGCAGGUGCCCGUGGAAGCCCCUGCCCCAGCUCCUGCACAGGAAACCGGGAAAGAGGCUCCGAGGGGAAGGAAGAGAAAAGCCAAACCGACAGAACCCAAAACGCCCGUUGAACCCAAAAAACCUGCAGAGUCCAAAAGAUCUGCCAAGUCCUCAAAGUCCAAGGAAAAGCAAGAAAAGAUUACAGACACUUUUAAAGUGAAAAGGAAGGUAGACCGUUUCAACGGCGUGUCCGAGGCAGAGCUGCUGACCAAGACGCUGCCUGAUAUUUUGACCUUCAAUCUGGACAUCGUGAUCAUUGGCAUAAAUCCAGGCCUCAUGGCUGCUUACAAAGGCCACCAUUACCCUGGACCUGGAAACCAUUUUUGGAAGUGCCUGUUCAUGUCGGGGCUGAGCGAGGUGCAGCUCAACCACAUGGACGACCACACGCUGCCCGGGAAGUACGGCAUCGGCUUCACCAACAUGGUGGAGAGGACGACGCCAGGCAGCAAGGACCUCUCCAGUAAAGAAUUUCGUGAAGGCGGACGUAUUCUAGUACAGAAAUUACAGAAAUAUCAGCCACGCAUAGCGGUGUUUAAUGGAAAAUGUAUUUAUGAAAUUUUUAGUAAAGAAGUUUUUGGAGUAAGGGUUAAGAACCUGGAAUUCGGGCUUCAGCCCCAUAAGAUCCCUGAUACAGAAACGCUCUGUUACGUUAUGCCAUCGUCCAGCGCGAGAUGCGCUCAGUUUCCCCGUGCCCAGGACAAAGUCCAUUACUACAUUAAGCUGAAGGACCUAAGGGACCAGCUCAAGGGCAUUGAACGGAACACGGAUGUGCAGGAAGUGCGCUAUACCUUUGAUCUGCAGCUUGCCCAAGAGGAUGCAAAGAAGAUGGCUGUUAAGGAAGAGAAGUAUGACCCAGGUUAUGAAGCUGCUUACGGCGGAGCUUACAGCGAGAACCCGUGCAGCAGCGAGCCCUGCGGCCUCUCCUCCAAUGGGCUAACCGACAGCGCGGAGGUGAGAGCAGCGCCGGCGUUCGGCACCAUCCCGAAUGGGCAGUGGCUGUCGCAGCCCUUCACAGACCCCCUCCCUCCCUUCGCCGACCGCCCUGGGCCGCAGGAAGGGAGCCAGGUGUGAGGACGGGGCUGCGCCCUGCUGCAGUCCAGUGCAGCGCUUGGGCAGUGCCUCCGUCGCGCUCGCCCCGGUGGUGGAACCUGGCACAGCACAGCUGUGCGGUGGAGCGAGCCUGUGGACCUGCGUAGGUGGAAGGGAGAGAUAGGGGCUUUUGUAUCUGAACUACUGUCAUUCCAGCUUUUUAUAAGUUAGGUUUCCUUUAUGAAGAAACUGAUUUUUCUUCUGGGAGUCACUCUUCUUUCCUGGGAGUUACUCUUGAUCUCUAAUUUUAAAAUGCCACAGCCUGGCCGGCCGUGGUGGGGCAGGAGGAUUGCCGUGAGUUCAAGGCCGGCCUGGGCUGCACAGCAAGCCCCACUGCAACAGCCUGAAUAUUUACCAUUGAUCCCUAACUGUAGAGGCCAUCGCCCUCGUGCCCGAGAUGGGCAUCUUGGACUACACAGGGCAGAGGCAGCUGGGCGGCGCUCAUGGAGGGGCCCGGCCCUUGCUGUUCCGUGUGGACGGGCGGCUCGUGUUCUCACAGGGUCCGCUUUGCCCGUGUGGCGUCUGUGACAGUGGCCUGCGGCAGGUGCUGUGACCCGACGCCAUGUACUUGUCCUCCAGUGGGCAGAGUGGUGUCUGCCAAGUGGACGUCUCUGCCGUCCACCGUGUCUCAUUUUGCCCUCGGCUUUUAAGGUCGUGACAGACCAGGAUACGAGAGGGACGGUCAGGCUUGAGACACAGGUGCUGCCGGUGCUGCUGAUCUUGUGUAAACAGGUGCUCUGGGCGCGCUGUGCCGAGUCCGACAGCAGGCGUGUGUUCUGCCGGCUCUGUGAGCAGCAGGGAUUUAAAACUUCCUGUUCGCUCUUGUGGCGCGGUGACCCUCGUGGGAAGGCGGACUUACACCUUCCUGAUUUUCCGGUGCGUUUUCCGUGGUGCUACAGUGUCCGGUCCCGGGCCUGGCCGUGGGGCAGCUCGCACCUGCUCCUGUCCUGCGGUGCAGAGGGAGCCGGGCGCAGGCUGUUCGGCAGUGAGAAAUCGGGUUCUCUGCCCCCCACACGGCAUGUAGCCUGUGGUUCUAUUUAUGUGAGAGCCAGAUCCUCACUGUGGGUCUCACCAUGCUGUUUAGCUUAGCGCUGAUGGUUUAUUCUUCUGUGCGUGGGUCCAGUGGAAGGCACUCGUGUAUUUAACUGCUGUGCUGAGCUGCUGUUUACAAGGGCGGCCGUGCAGGGCGGCAGGGCCUCGCCUCAGGGACUGGGAGCCAUGGGUGUUUUUCCUUGAGGCGCUUCAGGGCGUGUGUGGGUGCUGCUUGGUGUGGGACUUGUGCUCUGCACAGACGUCCUGGGGGUGAGGACACACCUCGUUUUAGCAUAACCACUCACGGAGCUCUGGUCCCAGCACGCGCGCUCCGUUCCCACCCAGCGGGCUGUGACUGGGAAACGUUGACACACCCUGUACACGACUGUAGGAGACUUUUUCAUUAAAUAAUAUUGAAAGAUUUUUUAAUUCAUU